AGGGAGAAGCCUUGUUAGUCGGCCUGGUUUUGUGGUCGCUGAGCUUGGUGGUGCCGGCGCGCAGUGGCGGGGACGUGGUGUCCCCACCCGCAGAAUCCGUGGCCACCUCCCUUCUUUCUCUUGACCUUUUCAGAAACGUUAAAAUGGGCUGUUUCUGCCCAGAGAGGAGAGUAUCCCUCAUUUCCCUCUGGUCCUUUCAGUGGGAAAACACCGCUGCGUUUUUGCUUGUGGCCUGAUGGAACUAGAUCAAAGUUUGUCCUGACUUGCAGCAGAGUCCUCUGAAAAGGACUUUGAUUCUGCCCAUGGAGGGACUCUUGGACCCGGGCUGGCAGCUAUUCCACGAUAGCACACCUGCUUUGUGGACGCCAGCCGAGCAGGACACGUUCCCCAUAACGUUCCUUAAAAAUGCCGAAAUGAUUAGGGAGCGGUUUGGGAGUGAAUGCAUUUACAAAUUAUGUGUCUGGUGGUAAUUCGGGGCUUGCGAGCAGGGAGACCAGAGGUGUAAGUACAGUUGGGAUCCUUAGGAACCACGUUCAUGGUACGUCCAAGAGUCAGUAUUGAUUUCGGAAGGGCCUGGAAAAGAGCAGUCAUUUAUGAAGAAGCUACUAUAGUCUAGGCACUGGGCUUCAUGCUUUACAAGUACCACGUUUCAUCUCUGCAAUGAUCUUGCGAAGAUUGGGACGAGCAUAUGCCCUGGCUUUUGCAGAAAGAGGUGCAUCAGUAGUCGUGAAUGAUUUAGGAGGGGACUUCAAAGGAGUGGGAAGAAGUUCCUCAGCUGCUGAUAAUGUUGUUGAAGAAAUAAAAAAGAGAGGGGGAAAAGCUGUGGCCAACUAUGAUUCUGUGGAAGCUGGAGAGAAGGUUGUGAAGACUGCACUUGAUGCUUUUGGAAAAAUAGAUAUUGUUAUAAACAAUGCUGGGAUCCUGAGAGACCGUUCCUUUGUUAGGAUAAGUGAUGAAGACUGGGAUAUAAUCCACAAAGUUCAUUUGCGGGGAUCCUUCCAAGUGACCCGGGCAGCAUGGGAUCACAUGAAGAAACAGAAGUUUGGAAGAAUUAUUAUGACUUCUUCAGCUUCUGGAAUUUAUGGCAAUUUUGGUCAAGCAAAUUAUAGUGCAGCCAAACUUGGGCUUGCAGGUCUUUCAAAUACCCUUGCAAUUGAAGGCAGGAAAUUCAACAUCCAUUGUAACACUAUUGCACCUACUGCUGGAUCUCGAAUGACUGAAAGUGUUAUGCCACAGGAUCUGGUGGAUGCUUUGAAGCCUGAUUAUGUGGCUCCCCUUGUCCUUUGGCUAUGCCACGAGAGCUGUGAAGAGAAUGGAGGCUUAUUUGAGGUGGGAGCAGGCUGGAUUGGGAAAUUACGUUGGGAACGAACUCUUGGUGCCAUUGUCAGACAGAAAAAUCAGCCAAUGACACCUGAGGCUGUGAAGGCUAAUUGGAGGAAGAUCUGUGAUUUUGAAAAUGCUAAUCACCCUCAGACUAUCCAAGAGUCAACUGCAAGUGUGAUUGAAGUCCUAAAUAAAAUAGACUCUCAGGGAGGCGUUUCCAUGAAUCAUACAAGUCAGGCGGCAUCAGCAACCACUGCAGCAUUUACUACAGCAAUUGGCUAUAAGCUGCCUCCCCGGACAUUUUCUUAUACUGAACUUGAAGCUAUUAUGUAUGCUCUUGGAGUGGGUGCAUCAGUUAAGAAUCCAGAAAACUUAAAAUUUGUUUAUGAGGGAAACUCUGAUUUCUCCUGUUUACCUACCUUCGGUGUCAUCCCAGCUCAGAAAUGUAUGAUGGAUGGAGGACUCUCAGAAGUUCCAGGACUUACAAUUGACUAUACAAAGGUGCUUCACGGGGAGCAGUACUUGGAGCUGUAUAAACCACUUCCCAAGACAGGACAAUUAACUAAUGAAGCCAUCAUUGUUGAUAUCUUGGAUAAAGGAUCAGGAUUAGUUAUACUUCUGGAUGUCUAUUCUUACAGUGGGAAAGAACUCAUAUGCUUCAAUCAGUUCACUGUCUUUGUUGUUGGUUCUGGAGGGUUUGGUGGAAAGAAGACAUCCGAUAAAGCCAAGGUAACUGUGCCACCACCAAAGAGACCACCUGAUGCCAUACUUACAGAUACCACCUCACUCAAUCAGGCUGUCCUAUAUCGGCUCAGUGGAGACUGGAAUCCUUUACACAUCGAUCCUAGCUUUGCCAGUCUCGGAGGCUUUGAAAAACCCAUAUUACAUGGCCUUUGCUCGUUUGGAUAUGCAGCCAGGCAUAUUUUACAGCAAUUUGGAAAUAAUGAUGUGUCUAGAUUCAGAGCAAUUAAGGCCCGUUUUGCAAAACCAGUAUAUCCAGGCCAAACUCUACUAACAGAAAUGUGGAAGGAAGGAAACAGAAUUCACUUUCAGACUAAAGUCCAAGAAACUGGAGACAUUGUCCUCUCAAAUGCAUAUGUGGAUCUUGUGCCAACCUCUGAUGUUCUCUCAACUAAGGUUUCUUCUAAGGACGGAACGCUCCAGAGCACCCUUGUUUUUGAGGAAAUCGGCCGUCGCAUCAAGGACGUGGGAAAGGAACUGGUGAAGAAGGUCAAUGCCGUGUUUCAGUGGAACAUCACCAAGCACGGACAGACUGCAGCACAAUGGACUAUUGACCUAAAAAACGGCUCUGGAGAGUUGUACCAAGGGCCUGCAAGAGGUUCUGCUGACACAAGCUUCACUCUUUCAGAUGAAAAUUUCAUGGAGGUUGUUCUGGGAAAACUUAACCCUCAAAAGGCUUUCUUUAGUGGCAAGCUUCAGGUCAAAGGCAACAUCAUGUUGAGCCAGAAGCUGGAGAUGAUUCUUAAAGACCACGCCAAGCUCUGAGGGGCCGCCGACACUUCUCUCCCCCAGCCCUGGGGGUGAUAGAGCGCCAGCGUUGGUGGGCAAAGAGAGCAAUUGCAUAGCAGGUACAUGUUUGUUCAAGUUGUCAUUUUCCAGUGAUUUGUCAUUUGAUUACUGAAGUUGCUGGAAAGGGAUUUGGAAGGCAAAGCUGUAUGUUUCUGUUCUUAGGUCUGCAUUUCUUAAUGAUAUUAACUGUUCAACCCCAACAUCUUGAAAUCUGGAAAUAAUGUUUAAAUUGGGAGAAAAAUUAAAUCCUUUAAAAAUC